AUGUCUGAGAGCCAGAGAGUGAGUGAAGAUCUGAUGCAGAUCCUCCGGAGCUGCAUGUCGAACAAACCUCAGACGGUUCUGGAUCAGAGGAGAAACUUCUCAGUGGCGGAGCCAACAGGCUGUGAGAGCGACUUCUGGGGCCCCCACUGCACCAACCGCUGCCAGUGCCGCAACGGGGCCAAAUGCAACCCGAUAACGGGGGCCUGCGUCUGCACCGACGGCUUCCAGGGCUGGCGCUGCGAGGAGCACUGCCACCACAACCUCUACGGCAAAGACUGCAUGCAGGAGUGCCAGUGCCUCAACGGCGCCACCUGCCACCACCAGAGCGGGGAGUGCCUCUGCGCGCCUGGCUACACUGGCAGCUUCUGUGAGGAGCCCUGUCCUCCAGGUCAACACGGCUCCAUGUGCGAACAGCGCUGCUCCUGUCAGAACGGAGGAACCUGCCAUCACGUCACCGGGGAGUGUCACUGCCCGCCCGGCUGGAUGGGUCCGGUGUGCGCCCAGCCGUGCCCCUUCGGCUGGUUCGGCAUCAACUGCUCCGAGGAGUGCACGUGUCGGAACGGAGGCCUGUGUGACCACAUCAGCGGCGUCUGUCAGUGCACCGCCGGCUACAUCGGAGAGAGGUGCCAGGAGGAAUGUCCGGUGGGAACGUACGGCCCGCAGUGCGCCCAUAAGUGCGACUGCCUGAACCGGGCCCGGUGCUACCACAUCAACGGGGCGUGUCUCUGCAGCGAGGGCUUCAAGGGCCCCAGCUGCCAGGACCGCUUCUGCCCCGCCGGCCUCUACGGGCUGCUCUGCGACAAGAUCUGCCCCUGCAAGGGCAACAACACGCUCAGCUGCCACCCGCUGUCGGGGGAGUGCACCUGCGCCGCCGGAUGGGCGGGGCUUUACUGCAACGAGACCUGCCCCGCUGGUUACUAUGGCGACGGCUGCAAGGAGCCGUGCAGCUGCGCCAACGGAGCCGACUGCGACGGCGUGAGCGGAGCCUGCGUCUGCGCGCCGGGGUUCAUCGGAGACGACUGCUCCAUCAGCUGCCCUCCGGGUCUGCACGGCGCCAACUGCUCCGCCGCAUGCUCCUGCCGCAACCGGGCCUCCUGCUGGCAUGUGGACGGCGCCUGCAUCUGCAGAGAAGGCUGGCAGGGCGUGGACUGCUCCAUCCCCUGCUCCAGCGGCUCCUGGGGCUCCGGCUGCAACCAGACGUGUCAAUGCGCCAACGAGGCGGCCUGCGACCCCGUCAACGGCUCCUGCACCUGCUCAGCGGGCUGGAGGGGCGAAUACUGCGACGUCCUCUGUCCCGACGGGUCUUACGGGUUGGACUGCAGGGAGAGAUGCGACUGUCUCCACGCCGAUGGCUGCGACCCGCUGACAGGAACCUGCCGCUGCCUCGCAGGCUGGACCGGCGUCCACUGUGACAGCGUGUGCUCUGAGGGCCUCUGGGGGCCGAACUGCUCCUCCAGCUGCUCCUGUGAGAACGGAGGCUCCUGCGCGCCGGAGGACGGCAGCUGCGUGUGCGCCGCAGGAUACCGCGGCACCAACUGCAGGAGAACCUGCUCCCCAGGGUCCUACGGCCUGCGCUGCAGCCAGCCGUGUCCUCAGUGCGUCCACAGCGACGCGCCCUGCCAUCACGUCACCGGGCGCUGCGACUGCCUCAGCGGAUUCUUCGGCUCCCUCUGCAACCAAGUGUGUCCCAGUGGGAAGUUCGGCAAGGCCUGCGCCGAGGCCUGCGCCUGCACCAACAACGGCACCUGCAACCCGCUGGACGGCUCCUGCCAGUGCUACCCCGGCUGGAUCGGAGACGACUGCUCCAAACCGUGUCCUGCAGGGUCCUGGGGUCCAGACUGCCUCCACCUGUGCAACUGUCACAACGGAGCCGAGUGCAGCGCCGCGGACGGAGAGUGUUCCUGCAGCCCCGGGUGGACCGGACUCUACUGCACGCAGCGCUGCCCGUCGGGUUUCUACGGCGCUCAGUGUUCGGAGGUUUGCCGCUGCCAGAACGGCGCCGACUGCGACCACAUCAGCGGCCAUUGUUCCUGCAGGACGGGCUUCAUCGGGCCCAGCUGUGAGCUCAAGUGUCCGUCAGGGACGUUUGGUUACGGCUGCCAGCAGCUCUGCGAGUGCAUGAACAACGCCACGUGCGACUACGUGACGGGAACCUGCUACUGCAGCAUCGGCUUUAAGGGCAUCCGCUGCGACCAGGCCGCCCUGAUGAUGGAGGAGCUGAACCCGUACACCAAGAUCAGCCCGGCGCUGGCGUCGGAGCGGCAGUCGGCCGGCGCCGUGCUGGGCAUCGUCUUCCUGCUGCUGCUCAUCAUGGCCAUGCUGGUUCUGGUGGUCUGGUUCCGGUACCGGUACCGGCAGCGGGAGAAAGGCCAGCAGGCGCCCAGCGUCAGCUACACCCCUGCCCUGCACAUUGGCUCCACCGACUACUCGCUGUCAGGGCUGCAGUGUGCAGGCCUGCUCUCCUCUGCAGACUUGUCUCCCAGCAGCAGCUCCGCCGCCGGCUGCUUCUCCAACCCCAGCUACCACACGCUGGGGCCGUGCGGCUACGCCACGCACUACGCCAAGCCGGACAAGAAGAGCGCCGCCCAGAUGAAGCCGAAGAAGAGAUUCAGGAACAGCGCUCCGGAGUGGGGCGCCUACUGCAACCUCACUGAUCUGGGAGUUUACUGCAUCGACCGGCGCCUCAGUUACCACCUGGAGCCGCCCUGCAGAGACUACAUGAAGGGCUCUCUGUCCAGCACCUGCUCCCUGAACAGCGAGAAUCCGUACGCCACCAUCAACGACCAGCCGGCGCUCUGCAAGCACGCCGAGAGCAGCUACGUGGAGAUGAAGUCGCCGGUGCAUCAUGAGCACGCGACGCGCUGCUGCUCCGCCGCCAUCAUCAGCGGCGGCGGCGUUCCGCCCGCCAGGAACGUCUACGACAUCGAGCCGACCAUCAGCGCCGUCUCCGGCGCCGCGCUGCUCCCCGGUUACCCUCAGAACCCGUACGACCUGCCCAGGAACAGCCACAUCCCGAGCCACUACGACCUGCUGCCGGUGCGGCCCAGCCCGACCCACAGCAUCACCCCGCCGCUGCCCGGCAGCCCCACCAGCUCGCUGCUCUGAGCCCAGCGCCCUCACUGGGACGCUCCCAGUUCCACCAGUUGAUUUCUUUGUCACUGUGUUUGAGCGUCGCAGCAUCUGAACUUGAUGAACAGAACUUCCUGCAGAGGGAAGAAGUGACGGAUCUGUUGUUCAAAGGAACUGAAGAACUGAAAGUUCCUGAACCGUCGGAGCCGUUUCUCCAGACAGGAAACUCGACUCCUGACCAUGAAACCUCUUUGGGAACAUUUCUGCUAUUUUUACACAGUUUCUUAUUUCCUGCUCACAUUCAGAGAUCCAGCAGGAAUCAAAGUUUCUCUUUUCUAUGUUCUAGAUAUAUCUGUUCUAGAUAUGGACUCCUGGAUAUUGUUGUGCUUUUCUCUUAUUGUGUUGAGCUUCAUUCUCCUGCAUGUCAAAGAAAGAUAGAAAAAUAUUGAGACAAGCCCGAUAGAUUUUCUACUGAUGUUUUGGUUAAUAAUCGCCGUGUGACUCAAACACCUCCGACCUGACGGAGGCGCUGCAAAGAAAACCUCUCCUUCAGAAGUUGAAAAAAUCGUAGCAAAGAGUCGUUUCCAGAAAAACGCUUCACUCUCUUUUCAGAGGGAUGAAACCGGUCCAGCUCUAGCGCCACCAUCAGGUUAUAGCCACACACCUGGAUCUGAUCUACAGUUCACGGCUUUAGAUCAGAAUUUGUUUGAGAUGCCAACCAAAAGUUCCAGGUCUGUAUCAUGAAGGACUUCAGGUCAAAGGUCAAGGUUCAAACCAGAAACAUGGAAAGUUCCUUCAGGCCAGGAGGGAAAAUCAGGUGGAACAGAAACGCUUGUAAAGUUAAACAAAGAUGAACAGAAAUCAUUUGGAUGAUUCAGCCUGACAGCAAAAAAUGUGGGGUUAUUUAUAAUAAUAUUAUAAAUAAUAUAAUAUUUUCACAAAAUUAUUUAUUAAUUUCAAAACUGUUUCAAAUUAUUUUGUUUAAAGUUAAAGACGUAGCUUCCAAACGAAAUAUUUAGCUCACUACCUAAAUAUGUAAUUAUAAGCUGAAGAUUUAGCUUCCUAAAUAAAUAUUUAGUUUGGAGCAACAUUUUUAGUUUGCUAACUAUGUUCAAUUAUUAUUUAGUAUAUUUAGCCACAACUAAAUAUUUAAAUUGAAGCUAAAUAUUUAGCUAGCUUUGACACUUAUAAAUUAAUGUAUAACAUGAUGAAAAUCUGACUUAGAAAAAUGAGCGGCCAUUUUUUUCUUUUAUUACAGGCUAAAUAACCCAAAUUGUUGCAGUUAACUUUUGACUCCGACAGGAUCCGGUCAGAUGGAGGAAGAGUUGACAGUCCGUCUGGACUCACGUCUGGCCGUGAGAUGUUAAGAGACGGGAAAAUAAAAUCCUGAAUCCACCUGACAUGAGUUUUUCCACAUGAACUUUCUCCCUCCGUCACGCCCUGGACAAACAGAAAACCAUUUUUUCCUGUUUCACUUUCAUGGCUGUGGAGGCAGGAGCUGUUCGCUUAAGGUUUUUUGGUUUUUUUGAGGUAAGAUCUCCAAAAUUCUCCCUGUGAACAUUUUCUUUUUACUGUGUAUUUAACAGGGUGAACAUUUCCUCAUGCAUAGAAAACAUGCAUACAGGUUUCCAUAUUUACAACUUGUGUCUUUCCCAUUGAUUUAUCAAAACUAAAAUCUUAUAAAACCUCCACUACGACACCUUCUGCAGGUCAUGCAGUGAGGAAACCUUUGACCCUGCAGAUCAGCCUAAAAUCAGGCUGGUUUGUUAAAACGUUUUACGUAUAUUAAGUGAACAGACUGGAUCUUUUUACUGCAGAACCAUCGUGAUCGAUUUUUAUCUCUGGCUAGCUCAGGAGUCAGUCCGCUGAUUGUAACAUCUGUAAACAAAAGAUCAAAAAACGUGGUUGAGAGCAAAAAGACGGAACCCGAGGACUCGGCCUUGAGGCAUCCCGAAACUAAUCAGUUUAUCUGUGGAAAGGUGCAGAAGUUUACAUGUCUUAAUUUCAGCCGCGGCAAUAAGAACAUGACAAUCAGAUGUAAAACUGCUCAUUUUGUGUUUUGAUUCGUUUUUUAAAAUAAUUUCCUGUUCUUGUUCAUCUCUGACAGAGAAAUGUUUGAAUAGAUGUACCGACUGCUUUGUUUUCCCCACUUCCUUACCUGAAUAAAGUCAACCUGACUCAGG